AUGGAUCAGGCCACAUUGGACAAUUUGGCCCAAGAGGAAGAUUCAAUCUAUUUCAAUAGGCAUACGUACGAUUGCGCUCGAUUGGCUGCCGGUUCCGUUCUGGCCGUCGUGGAUGAUGUUUGUUCCGGACAAAGUUUGAAUGGAAUCGCUUUGGUUCGGCCCCCGGGGCAUCACGCCCUACCCGAUCAGUGCAUGGGAUUUUGUUAUUUCAACAAUAUCGCGAUCGCCGCUCUCCACGCGCAGCAUGUCUACGGCUUGGAACGGAUCGCCAUUGUUGAUUGGGAUGUUCAUCACGGUAACGGGACGGAGAAAGUAUUCGAAGACAAUCCGAACGUUCUGUUUAUUUCGGUGCAUCGUUUUGACGACGGUCGUUUCUUUCCAAAUACGCAAGAGGCAAGCCCUAGCGUGUGCGGUGUUGGUGAAGGUCAGGGCCGUACGAUACAGGUUGCGUGGAAUGGACGUCACGUGCGAGACGGCGAGUAUAUUUCCGUAUUCACCCAUUUGAUUCUACCCGUGCUGUACGAAUUCCGUCCUCAAUUGAUACUGGUCUCCGCUGGUUUCGAUGCAACACGUGGCGAUCGGCUGGGCGGGCUAAAUUUAUCCGUUGAAUGCUUCGCUCACUUGACCCAUUUGCUUCUCACGGUGGCAUUUUUGAACCCCUCUUCCGACCGUGGUCAAUCCUCCGCGGAUUCUUCCACCCGAGUCACUCGAGCACGUCAGCAAGAGGAAAGGCGCGCAAAUUUUUCCGGCGGACUGAUCCUCGCUUUGGAAGGUGGUUACCAGUUGGCUGCCACCGCUGAAGCCGUUUGUCAUUCGGUCGCAAGUUUGCUCGGGGAUUGUUGUCCCCGACUGAUGCUCGCCCUGGCUCCAUCGGAAAAAGUGCAUGUAUACUUUAUUCCCACAUGCAGUCAGUCAUCUGCCCUUCUCCUCACAGACGGAGUUUCGUUGAUUUAUCCAUCGGAAUAUGCCGUAUUUUUGCAAAGUCCAGCGAACACCACCACAAAUACCACCACCACCUUGAAUCCGAUCGUGCCUGCCACAACAACAACAACCAUCACGACAACGACCACAAUUGCUCGACCAACUAUGACCAACUCGGGCUCCUUGGUGAAUACGGAUCCGGUCGGGGGAGCUAGUGUGUCCACAUCAAUCGCCUCGGCCAGUCUUGCUGCGCGUCAAGCGGACUUGGGCACAGUGACCACACCGUUAAUCAUCGAUCCAUCACAUGGUCCGGGAACGGAUUGGUCUACAACUCACGCCACCGGAACAAACGAUCAGUUGGCUUCAAUCAGUAUCGAGCAGCAUUCCUCAUCCGCCACAUUGGUUGGUCCUUCCACACUGCCGCAAAAUGUGGACGAAUUGGUUCAUUUGCGA